AUGGAGGGCAUUGAGAUGCUCUUUGAGAGCGUCUGCCGCAAUUCGACGUGUGACAGUGAGCCGGAGAGUGACUACACCGUUGGCAUCUCGACCAACAUGAGUGAUCUGACGUCGUGGGAGAUGAAGAACCACAUGUUGGAUCAGAUCAAGCGGGAAAUCAACGGCAAAACGCUCAAAGUCGUCACAAUCAAUGACAAACCCUUGAGCUUUGUCGAGACAAUCAAUGGCAGUCUCACUGGCACUGGAGUGUCCUUUGAUCUCCUUGAGUUUCUCACGGAGAAGUUCAACUUCACCUAUGAACUCAUUGUGCCGGAGAAGAACAUCCUGGGCUCCACGCAGGACAUCGAGGGCAGUCUGAUUGAGAUUCUGGGCGAUGGAAGGGCAGACUUUGCCGCCGCCUUCCUGCCCAUCCUGUCGGACGCGCGGGAGCACAUUUACUACUCAAAAACCACCCUGGACGAGGGUGAGUGGAUCAUGAUAAUGACCAGACCGGCAGAAUCUGCCACAGGAUCGGGACUUUGGGCGCCUUUCGAUCUCAACGUGUGGAUUCUCAUCCUGCUGUCGCUGAUCUGCGUCGGCCCAAUCAUCUACGCCCUGAUCAUCAUCAGGACGAAGCUAACCAGGGACAGGGAGCAGACAAUCUAUCCGCUGCCCUACUGCAUCUGGUUCGUCUAUGGCGCCCUGAUGAAGCAAGGCAGCACUCUGUCGCCCAUCGGAGACUCAACGCGCCUCCUCUUCGCCACCUGGUGGAUCUUCAUCACCAUCCUGACAUCCUUCUACACGGCAAACCUCACGGCCUUCCUCACGCUGUCCAAGUUCACCUUGCCCAUCAACAAUGUGGGCGACAUUCUGCGCAAGCAGAAGAACUUUGUCGCCAAUCGUGGCGGAGCUGUUGAGUAUGCCAUAAAGAAUAACGGCGAAGCCCUGACGCAGCUCAGUCGGAUGGUGGAGAAGAAUCUGGUGCAAUUCUCGGCAUCGCUCAAUGACACGGAGAUCCUGCUGCAGGAUGUGGAGAGGCGGAAUUAUCUGUAUGUCAGGGACAGACCGGCGAUCAAUCACUUGAUCUACAGCGAUUACGUGUACAGGAAGACAAUUAGUCUGACGGAUGAGAAGAUUCAGUGUCCCUUCGCCGUGGCCAAGACGCCCUUCAUGAAGCGCAAGCGAGCCUUCGCCUAUCCCAAGAACUCCACGCUUCACCUGCUCUUCGAUCCCGUGCUGCUGCACCUCGUCGAGUCGGGCAUCGUGAAGUACAAGCUGUGGAAGGAUCUGCCCGACGCCGAGAUCUGUCCGUCCAAUCUCGUCAGCACGGAGCGACAGCUGAGGAAUGGCGACCUGAUGAUGACGUACUACAUCAUGAUUGCCGGCUUCUGCACCUCCACGGCGGUCUUCUUCAGCGAGCUGCUCUUCAGGUGUCUCAACAAUCGCGGCAUUUGCGUGCCGAAGGCGCGCGCGGACAAGCACAAGUGGGCCAGAGUCAGAGAUGACGUCACUGUGGACAGCGUGACGCCGCCGCCGCCCUACACCACGCUCUUCAAUCGCAGCCGCAACAUCCUGGGCGGCAUCGCGGAGCAGAAGGACUUCGCCAUGAGGGAGUCGAACGGCCUCCAGAGGCAGAACAUCAACGGACGAGAGUACUUUGUGGUGAAGGGAAGCGACGGCGUGUCGAGAUUGAUUCCUCUCAGGGUUCCUUCGGCGGCGCUCUUUCAGUAUUCCUACACCAAAUAGUUUGCUGUGCAGUGUGAGGCAGUUGAACUGCCCAAUAUUGUGGCACUACAUUUUAUACCAUACAAAUUGGUUUAUUUGCAGUGACAUGUACAAUUUUGCAUCUAUUUAGAAAUAAACACAGAAUCC